AUGGAAGAAAUUCCAGAAAAGUAUAUUUCUAUAAAAAAAGAUGGUAGAGUGAAUCUAAAAAUUAGAAUUAAUGAUGUUGUUAAAAUAUAUCCAUGUACAUCUAUUGGUGUUAUAGAACAACUAGUUUUUCUUCCUAUUGCUGAUACAGUAGAAAAAAUUGAAGGUGAUCUUUUUAAGGCUUUUGUGGAACCUUUUCUUGAAGAUAAAUCAAUGCCUUUAACAGUCGGUAAUCGAUAUAGAAUAAAAUCAGGACUUGGAUCUGUGGAGUAUAAAGUAGUAUCAUUAACAAAUAAAGAAGGUCAAGAUAUUAAACAUGGAUUUAUAGUAGAUGGUACAAAUGUUAUACCUGAUGGAACAAUAACAAGGGAAGAAGCAGAACAAGAAUUUAAUAUGAUAGGAUACGAUGAUGUAGGUGGAUGUAGAAAGCAGUUAGCACAGAUAAAAGAACUCAUAGAAUUACCUUUGAGACAUCCUCAGUUAUAUAAAAAAUUAGGUGUUAAACCACCAAAAGGAAUUCUUUUGUAUGGACCGCCAGGUUCUGGUAAAACACUUAUAGCAAAAGCUAUUGCAAAUGAAACAGGAGCAUUUAUUUACAUGAUCAAUGGACCAGAAAUCAUGUCUAAGAUGGCAGGAGAAAGUGAAAACAAUCUCAGAAAGGCCUUUGAUGAGGCCGAAAAAAAUAAACCUGCUAUUAUUUUUAUAGAUGAAGUUGAUUCAUUGGCUCCUAAAAGGGAUAAAACACAAGGAGAAGUAGAAAGAAGAAUUGUAUCACAACUUCUUACAUUAAUGGAUGGUGCAAAAGCAAGAGAAGGCGUUAUUGUAUUGGCUGCAACCAAUAGACCUAAUUCAAUUGAUCCCGCUCUUCGUCGUUAUGGAAGAUUUGGUAAAGAACUUGAAAUUGGUGUACCUGAUGCAACUGGAAGAUUAGAAAUUUUAAGAAUUCAUACUAAAAAUAUGCGCAUGAGUGAAGAUGUAGACUUAGUUGAAAUAGCAGAUGAAUUACAUGGAUUUGGUGGAAGUGAUAUAGCAUCACUCUGCUCUGAAGCUGCUUUGCAACAAAUUAGGGAGAAAUUGCCAAAUAUUGAUUUGGAUUCAGAUAAAAUUGAUGCGGGGAUUUUGUCUUCAUUAAAAGUGACUAGAGCCAAUUUCUUGUAUGCUAUUGAACAAACAAAUCCAAGUUCGUUGAGAGAAAGUAAAUUAGAAACACCAAAUGUUAAAUGGGAAGAUAUUGGUGGAUUAGCAGAAGUGAAAAUUGAAUUACGUGAAACAAUACAGUAUCCUAUUUCUUAUCCUGAGAAAUUUUUAAAAUUUGGUCUUACUCCCUCAAAAGGUGUAUUAUUUUAUGGCCCUCCAGGAUGUGGUAAAACCCUCCUUGCUAAGGCUGUAGCUACAGAGUGCAAAGCCAAUUUUAUUUCUGUAAAAGGCCCCGAAUUACUUACUAUGUGGUACGGAGAGUCAGAAGCGAAUGUUAGGGAAUUGUUUGACAGGGCUAGAGCGGCAGCUCCUUGUGUAUUAUUUUUUGAUGAAAUUGAUUCAGUCGCUAAGUCUAGAGGGUCUGCUUCUGGAAGUGGAGGUGCCGAUGACAGGGUUAUAAAUCAAAUAUUAACAGAGAUGGAUGGUAUGAAUGCUAAGAAAAAUGUGUUUAUAAUAGGUGCUACUAAUAGGCCUGAUCAGCUUGAUUCAGCUAUUAUGAGACCAGGUAGACUUGAUCAACUAGUUUAUAUUCCAUUACCAGAUGCUGAUAGUAGAAUGUCUAUAUUAAAAGCAGUACUGCGAAAAACACCCUUAAGUCCUGACAUUAAUUUGAACCAUUUAGUUGAAGCUACUGAUAGAUUUUCUGGUGCAGAUUUAACUGAAAUUUGUCAACGAGCAUGUAAACUUGCUGUUAAGGAAAGCAUUGAAUAUGAAACUGAAAGAAGUAAACAAGGCAGCAAUCUAAUGGAGCUUGAAGAUCCAGUACCUUACAUUUCAGAAAAGCAUUUUGUAGCAGCUAUGAAAACUGCAAGAAGAAGUGUACAAGAAAAAGAUAUUGAAAGAUAUGAAGCUUUUGCAAGAUCUAUGAAGGUUGACAUAAGGAAAUAUACACAACCUAAUAGGAAUGUGGAUGAUGCUGGAUUAUAUGAUUAA